GGGCAACGCAACGUCCGACAAGGCUCUCAAGCUCUCAACUCACCUUCUCACCAACCUUCCUUAUAACCACCAGCGGACUCUCAAAGCCUAUCCCCCUCCUAACUUCCAAAUCCUAUCAUCGCUCUUUGGUCCUUAAACAAGCUAACCCGCUAUAUUCCCUGAAACGCGUUUUCUUCCUUUUGAUAUACUAGAUAGACCCUGCGCCAUGGCGAAGGAUGAGCGGCCCAAUGCGGCAGACAAGGGCAAAGGAAAAGUAGACGAUAUCCGGGAAUUAAAUGGGGAGAAUAAGGAUGCGAAAGAUGGGAAACCUCUUACGAAUGGGAAGAAGGAGGAGGGUCCUAAGGAAGAAGAGCUUAGCGAAGAAGAUCAACAGUUGAAAAAUGAACUUGAGAUGCUCGUUGAGAGGUUACAGGAGCCCGAUACGUCUCUUUAUAAGCCUGCUCUGGAAGCGAUUAAGAACUUCAUCAAGACGUCUACCUCUUCUAUGACAGCUGUGCCGAAACCUCUUAAAUUCCUUAGACCGCAUUAUGACGAGCUUACUGCGCUUUACGAACAAUGGCCCGCGGGCGAUGAUAAGGAUUCUCUUGCGGACAUGCUAUCAGUCCUCGGUAUGACAUACGGUGACGAAGAGAAGCUGGAAACACUCAAAUAUCGCCUCAUUACCAAAUCGAACGAUCUGGGUUCAUGGGGCCAUGAGUACAUCCGCCACCUUGCGCUGGAGAUUGGCCAGGAAUAUCAGAAUAGGUUGACGGACGAUAAGGAUGUGCAGGAUUUGGUCGAUCUUUCACUAUCGCUCGUUCCUUACUUCCUAGCCCACAACGCCGAAGCAGAUGCAGUGGACCUCUUGAGUGAACUUGAGAUGAUUGAGGAAAUACCCAAGUUCCUCGACGAGAAUACGUAUUCGAGGGUCUGCUUGUAUAUGGUCAGCAUGGUCAACCUUCUCACAUACCCCGAAGACCACCAGUUCCUCCGGACAGCGCAUGACAUCUAUGUGACUUAUAACAAGCUCACUCAAGCUAUCGUUAUUGCUAUUCGGCUGAACGAUCUUGAUCUUAUCAAGAAAGAUUUCAAUGCAACAAAUGACCAGGCGAUCAGAAGGCAGAUGGCCUUCCUUAUUGCCAGACAACAGAUAUGGCUUGAAUUGACACCAGAAGAGGAGGAAGAAGGAGGCCAAGAGCUAACGGAGUGUCUCCACAAUAUUCAGCUGCAUAACCACUUCAAGGCUCUCGCGAAGGAGCUCAAUAUUUUAGAUCCUAAGAUGCCCGAGGACAUCUACAAAACACAUCUGGAAAGCAACCGGGGAGCCGGGCUUACUAAUGUGGAUUCCGCAAGACAUAACUUGGCAAGCGCCUUUGUCAACGCCUUCGCAAAUGCUGGAUUUGGUAAUGAUAAACUCAUGCUGGUCGACGGCGAUAAGGGCCCUUGGGUCUGGAAAACAAAAGAUGACGGCAUGCUGUCGACCGCUGCGUCUAUGGGAAUGCUGCUACAGUGGGAUGUGGAGGAAGGCUUGGAUAAGAUCGACAAAUUCACUUUGUUGGAAGAGGAGCAAAUCAAGGCAGGAGGAUUACUUGGUAUCGGAAUUCUCAAUUCCGGUGUUAGACUUGAUGCGGACCCCGCGAUGGCUUUACUCAGUGAGUCCGUCGGCCCGGAGGCCAAGAGUGUUCCCGUACGAGUGGCAUCGAUAAUGGGUCUCGGCCUAGCGUAUGCUGGCUCGUGCAAGGAGGAGCUCUUGGAGCUUCUACUGCCGAUUGUUGAGGAUGUUUCCCUCGACAUGCAGAUAUCGGCCAUGGCAGCCGUGUCACUGGGAAUGAUCUUCGUCGGCUCUUCAAAUCAUCAAGUUAGUGAAGCUAUUGCAACCACUUUGAUGGAUGAGGAGAGACAAAGGCAGAUGAAGGAUAAAUGGACGCGAUUUAUGGCACUUGGUCUUGCACUCCUUUACUUUGGCCGACAAGAAGAGGUCGAUGUUAUCUUGGAUAUCCUCAAGGCGAUUGACCAUCCCAUGGCGAAACCUACUUCUGUCCUUGCUUCGGUGUGCGCGUGGGCCGGUACCGGUACAGUGUUGAAGCUUCAAGAGUUGCUGCACAUCUGUAACGACGUCAUCGAAGACAAGGAAGAGAAGAAAGGCGAGGAAUUGGUACAAUCAUACGCUGUGCUAGGCCUCUCUCUCAUCGCCAUGGGUGAAGAUAUUGGACAAGAUAUGGUCCUCCGGCAAUUUGGGCACCUUAUGCACUAUGGCGCCGCAAACAUCAGGAAAGCGGUCCCACUCGCCAUGGGAUUGGUCAGCCCUAGCAACCCCCAAAUGAAGGUUUACGACACGCUUUCCCGCUAUAGUCAUGACACUGACAACGAUGUCGCCAUCAAUUCCAUUUUCGCUAUGGGUCUCCUUGGCGCCGGAACAAAUAAUGCACGGCUCGCGCAGCUCCUCAGACAAUUAGCAAGCUACUACCACCGUGAUCAGAACUCGCUCUUCAUGGUCCGCAUUGCGCAGGGUCUCCUGCAUAUGGGCAAGGGCAGCCUUUCCGUCAACCCUUUCCAUACCGAUCGCCAGGUCCUCUCACGAGUGGCGGCCGCAGGCCUCCUCACUGUCCUUGUAGCCAUGAUCGACGCUAAAGAUUUCAUCCUCGCCGAUUCGCACUAUCUCCUCUACUUCCUUGUCACAGCCAUGUACCCGCGAUUCCUGGUGACGCUCGAUGAAGAUCUGAAGCCCCUUACUGUGAACGUCCGCGUCGGUCAGGCUGUGGAUGUGGUGGGCCAGGCAGGUAAACCCAAGACUAUCACCGGAUGGCAAACGCAGAGCACGCCCGUGCUACUAUCGUAUGGGGAGAGGGCGGAGUUGGAAGAUGAAGAAUACAUCAGCCUAAGUAGUACUCUAGAGGGACUCGUGAUUCUGCGAAAGAACCCCGAAUGGGAAAGCACAGCCUAAGGAAAAGUUCGACUUUCGAUUCUCCUGGCUGUUCUUGGUUUCUUUUUUUCCGAGCCGAAUCUACUUGUCCGUGUGUAUAGCGUGUAAUGGGUAGUUCUUUUCUUUCAUCAUUAGGGAGUGAGGCCCUUCUCUCUAAAAUCCAAAUACAACUGGUUGGCCUACGAUUUAAAUGGCAUAUCAUAUUAUAUUUCAUUUCUCCUUUAUCCUCUUGGUGCUUCGUGUUCUCAAGUCCAGUUUUUAUUCACACUUUUAGAAGAAAGAAGGAAUUCUCACCGCGCGCAGGAUCUUAUAAGCGAAGCAAACAGUCUUCUACCUCCUCUGUAACCCCCCAAUCUACUUGUAAAUUAAGGAUAAAGAGUCCAGAAGUUGCCCACUUGGCCAGCUUGCAAUUUGCGAGCAUGACCGCCCGCUGAGGAUAUAUAUAUAAAACAAGGUAGGCCCUUAAACAUUCCAGUAGCGGCCCUCCUAUUAAUUAUGGCAUUGUCAUGAUGUCUGAUAGUUAACUACUUAUAAUUAUCAACGUCAAAUUAUUUUUAUAAACGGUAUGUUUUUGUCCUGUCUGAAAAAAAGCAAAUAAAAU